GCGGUGCCCGCAGCCGGCGGGCCAUGAGCGCCAAGGGUGAGCCCCCCCAGGCGGGGACCGGCAAAGGCGGCGGCGGACCGGCAGCCCCGGGGCCCGGCUCUCCCGCCUCCAUGGAGCCGGCGCCCACCUCCCCACGGGCGAUGCCGGGGGGCGGCCUGUUCGGAUGGCUGCGCGGGCGCGGCCUGGGCCGCAGUGCUGCCGUGGACCCGGCGCGGGACACGUUCCGCGCCAUGACCGGGCUGUACGGCUCUAUCCAGCCCGCCGACUCCGUGUACCUCAGCACCCGCACGCACGGCGCCGUCUUCAACCUGGAGUACUCUCCUGACGGGUCAGUGUUGACUGUGGCUUGUGAACAGACUGAAGUACUGCUUUUUGACCCGAUAUCUUCAAAGCACAUCAAAACUCUGUCUGAAGCUCAUGAAGACUGUGUAAAUAAUAUCAGGUUCCUGGAUAAUCGUCUGUUUGCGACUUGUUCUGAUGACACCACAAUUGCACUUUGGGAUUUGAGAAAGCUGAACACAAAAGUGUGCACUCUGCAUGGUCACACCAGCUGGGUUAAGAACAUUGAGUACGAUACCAAUACCAGAUUGCUUGUAACAUCAGGGUUUGAUGGAAAUGUGAUCAUCUGGGACACAAACAGGUGCACAGAGGAUGGAUGUCCACACAAGAAAUUUUUUCACACCCGUUUUCUUAUGCGGAUGAGGCUGACACCUGACUGUUCCAAAAUGCUGAUCUCAACCUCCUCUGGAUAUCUUCUGAUUUUGCAUGACCUUGACCUAAACAAAUCGUUAGAAGUUGGCAGCUACCCAAUUUUAAGAGCUAGGAGGACUACAAGUUCAGACAUAACUUCAUCAGGUUCCUCUGGUCCUCGAGCUGUUGGUUCUCCCUGUCACCAGAAUGAUUCAGGUCCACUGUCUGAGAAACAUAUGUCACGGUCCUCCCAGCGAGAAGGUGGAUCUCCCAGAAAUAGUUUGGAGGUCUUAACACCAGAGGUUCCUGGGGAAAGAGAUCGAGGCAAUUGCAUUACAUCACUACAGCUACAUCCGAAAGGGUGGGCUACACUUCUUCGGUGCUCAAGUAAUACAGAUGACCAGGAGUGGACUUGUGUCUAUGAAUUCCAGGAAGGAGCCCCUGUGCGCCCCGUCUCCCCUCGCUGCUCCCUGCGAUUGACUCAUUGCAUUGAAGAGGCCAAUGUGGGCCGGGGCUACAUCAAGGAACUUUGCUUCAGUCCCGAUGGCCGCAUGAUUUCAUCCCCCCACGGCUUUGGGAUCCGCUUGCUGGGCUUCGAUGCCCAGUGCAGUGAACUUGUGGACUGUUUACCCAAAGAAGCCAGUCCCCUGAAGGAAAUCCGUUCCCUCUACUCUCACAAUGACGUGGUACUCACUACCAAGUUUUCUCCAACACACUGUCAGAUCGCCUCGGGGUGCCUUAGCGGACGCGUUUCUCUUUAUCAGCCAAAGUUCUAGGCACAUCUUGCUAUCAUCCACAAGACCUUCAGAUGUUUGUGGGUUUUACUUCAGUUCAGUUAGACUGUGUUCUUCAUGGAAUCUCUGCUCCCAGAUGAGAUUAUAGCCACCAUGGUCUCUGAACGCAGCCAAGGAAGGAGUUCCCAGCACAGUACGUGUUCACAUCCUUCACCCCUGAGUCUGCUCCCCUGCACCUCUUCCAAGCAGACUUCUGCUCCUGCUGAUCCUGUGCCAUCCAGUCAUUGUUCCCAUUUCUUUGUACCUUCAUACUUGCUGAUAAUUUCCUUCAAUACAGCUUGAAGUGGGGCUACUGGAAACAAACACAGGGGGCAAGGGUGGCUGCUUAGCCAGAACUCGUGCAGCUCCCCAAGCCCAGCUUCUCCGCUCCUCUCCAUCCGCUCUGCUGAGCUGCUGCAUGGACACUGCUCUGGCCUCUCCUCUUGCUGGAGCUACUACACAGUGACUAUUUGAUAAAAUGUUAGUUUUCUAUAUAACUAACACAAUUGGUUACUGCCACAAAAAUUCUUUGUUUUAGCAUAUGCAUUAAUUGGGUUGUUUGUGAUUGGAUAGAAAACUGAAUCAGCUUUUCGUAACAUUCUGCUGCAGGUAAAGAAUUUGGUUUCCUGUGUUUGCAGGUAUUUAUGUUUAUUAGCAGAAGGAAGAGGUUCUGGAGAUAUAUCACUAAAUCUGGAGAUAUAGCUGUGUUUCUUCCUCUGAGAAAUCCAAAGGAGAAAACUGGUGCAGGGAGAUGGGAGUGGAGUGGGAACAGAUCCUGCUCUGCAUCCCCUCAGAGGGACUCUUGGGGUGGUGCAUAUUGGGGGCUGCACAGCUUUGAUGCCUCACCCCCGGGGUUUCUUCAGGGGGCAGUUCUCCACCUCAGUGACAUAAACCUUCAUCCUGCGUUUUAAAUCUGACACUGCAAAGUCUUCUGGUGGUGCAAAGGCUGUCUCCCACAUGACUGUUCUCCACGCCUGCACCAUUGCUGUGAGAGGAAUUCACCCAGGAUUUGUCUGUAGCAUCACCAUAUAAGCCUUUCUUGACAUGUACUGUUAGUUUGGGGAUGGAUUAACAGCAUGCCUGUCUAGUAAGAUCAAUUUGGACUUAACCAGACUUACUGUCAGAUUUGAAAAACAUUUGAUGUUUACCACUAUAUCAUGAGUGAAGUAUGAAUGCCGUUCUAUCCCUCCAGGUAAUAUGGCUAACCUUAUAAAUGCAGAUAUUCAGUAUCAUCCGUAUCAGUUUAUAGUAUUCUCAUCACUUCCCUUUUCCGAGAUUUUGGGUUUUUCAGUGUUUCACUAAAGUUUCACUUUGAACAAACUCAGUUCAUCAGGAAACUUUACCUAAAAAGGACUGUCAUAUUUUCGUGUUCAGAUUUGCUAUCUCCUGCUCAAUAGAGCUUGUUUUCAAAAAAUUGAAUCUGAUAAAAAAAUUUGCAAAAUACUUUUUUGGGGGGGAAAAUAAUACAUCUGUGAAGAGACUGAGAAAAACCUAAGCCUGAUGACCCACUUGUGUAGGUAGCAUAUUCUGGGUGUUGGUGGAGAAGUCUUUGAAGCUUGAGGCUUCUCUGCAUUGUCAGAAAAUAAAUUUUGGUUUGGAGAAUUUGUUUACCAAUACAAAGCCUUCGGUACUGGGUAUCUGGUAAUCCCAGGACUAGUUAAUUACUCCUGCACUUGGUUUUUAUCAUCUCUAGCAACUUGACUGUUAAAGGACUACAUUCCAAUAGUGGAGUACAUGCAGCUGAGAGACUUUACACUGAUAGGUAAGAGUGCUAAACUUUGUUUUCUCAUGAGUUUUAACAGAUUUGUUUGGUGAUGGUGUCUCAGAAUAUUGUCCCAGCUGGAGGAGUAAGAAUAAUUUUUCAUUAAUAUACUAAUUUAACUUAAAACUCAAAUAAAUGCCUGUUGUUUCCUCAGAUAGCCCCUCAUGGGAUGCAAUGUUCCAUGGAGUAUCAGCUGAGCAGUUCUGUUGUUGCUGAAGCUGUUGCCUGUAAGUUGAAAGUUGACUGGUGAAGUUAUAGCUGAAGAUAUGCCCUGUUCUCUAAAGCACUGACAAGUUCAAAUUCCUUUUGGAUACUUUUGGAACCAUGUGCAAGAAGCACAAUUUGUAAGAAGUUUUUUUUUCACUUGAAGUCACUUGGCCAAGCAAUGAAAAAUGGGGCCUAGUGAAUAAAAUACAUAAUUUUAUCUGAGACUAGUGGGAAGGACAUCCCUUCACUGGCAUCCAGCUCUUUUGGCUCACCUGUAGCAGCUUAAGCUUGACCCUACACCUGGGGCAGUGUGGAUUUGCUGCUUUGUUAGAGAAACAUCUUGGAGGACUUCCUGGCCUGUGACUGAAAGCAGUGGAAGUGUGCGGACGCCUUGAGGACAGUUGUAGAACAUACAGAUUUUUAUGAAAAUAAGGAACUAAGCGACAAGGAAUUCUAAAUUGGUCAAGCUGUUUAGGGGGAUCAGGGGAGAAAUUAGUAGCAAUGUGGGGCAAAACUUGUGAGUAGUAUAUCACUGGCAGCAGUCCAGCAGAAGUGCCAGGUUUCCUGUCCCUGGAAUAUUUUGAAAGGGAAUGCAGUGUGAGUGUGUGAACAUUUGCACAUCUGGACACUUCCCUCCACCCAAGGUUGUGACCUCUUAGUAAUGAAGAACCCAGUUCUGCCCCACGCUGGACCAUGGCAGCUUUCUCCCUAAGCACUCCCUGCUUUCAGCAUCCUGUUUUCUCGUUUGUUGUUUUACUUAACAUCACUAAAAUGACUGGCACGUAAAAAAUUGAAGGAAUAUUAAAAUCCUGUUCUCACAGGCUUGAACCACGUUAAUUUUGGAGGGAAAGAAGCACCUGUGAAAUCAAAGCAGUUGUUGGGGCUGUCUGUUCGUUUGUUUUCAUAGCUGGGUUUGGUUUUUCCUCUCAGAAAUUCCUUGAACUGGUAGAUUGCUUGUGACUUUACUUCUCUGCCUGUUCAUAUGCACUGAGUGUUACUUUUUUAAUUCUACCUCAUGACGCGCUGUUUUUUGCAAGAGCGUUGUGCUGCAGCGUUGGACACUCACUGACUGUUCUGCAGGAGGAACUGCUACCCCCAGGUGACACAUGUGACAUCUUGGUACUGCACAGCACCAGGCACGGUGGCCUGACCUGGUGAAGGGGUCUGGUGAUCCCUUGGUGCUUUUGUAGCUUGUCCAGCAGAUGCCUAUGACAGUGGAUUCUGUCCACUCAUGCUGUAGAAACAUUAGCUAGCUCUGAUUAAAUUUGCAGUAAGUUUGAAUUAGAGUUAGCAGGUGAUCUUAGGUCAUCUGAUAACUCCUUUUCAUCUUGGGAAUUUUCAGUGAAGGUUAAUCCAUGAAGUUUAUUGUACCUGUGAAGUUCACGUGUAACGCUGAUGGAAACAGCCUUCAGUACUUGUUAACUGGUACCCGCCUUGCCGUUGCAUCUUGGUGGACGAAACAUCUUCAGCUGUCUUUAUGGAUAGUGUUACCUUGCCUUACUGUGUUAAUGAAGUAAUUUUGCUGGUGAGCUUUGGAUUAUUUCUAGAUAGUAAAAAAAAAAAAAAAAAAAAAAAAAAAAAAAGGUUUAUCUAACUAUUGCAUUUUGAAAGGUUACCUCUUAACCUUCCAGAGCUAUAUAGAACUGUUUGAAACAAAUACAAGGAAGUGUUUGAAACAGGAGAUUAAAGACUGCACUGAACAGCCAAGAAUGGUGGUGGGUUAUACCACAGAUUUCUUUAAAACUGGUUUACUUUUGACCAUGGAAGUGUUAGAUCACUUGAUAAAUUUUACACUAUUUCUACUGUAGAACCCUCCGUUUCUGCAUGUAAAGCAUGCAGUAUGUUUUUUUAAGUGCAUGGUUUCGUAUUCAUUAACCUUCUGUAGUAAAAGAAUUCCUCCAUCCACAGCAUGACUGAUCAGCAGCAGAUGAUAAACUGCCUAAUUAAAUUCUCUGUAGAAUGUCAACAUUGAGCAGUGUCUCCAGGAACCAAACUGGUGUUGGAAGCUAGUAAUCCUUCUGUAAUAGUCCAGUGACUGUAUGUUGUGGGAGUAAAUGCAUUAUCUGAGUAUUCCAUUAGAAGUCGGUCUUUGAAUCACUGCAGCACUGUCAGGUGUGUGGGGAGGGGGAGAGGAGCUUUUUUUCAUGGGACUACACAGUGAGGUUCAUGUCUGUGUGCUUUCUUUGUAUGAGGUGUGUGUGUGUGUGUGUGUGCGCUUCAGUCUAUCUACAGCCACUCGUCAGAUGUGAGUGGUUCAGGGAAAAAUGUAACCUCCAAACAGAGCUAUUGGGGAUAGGAGGAAAAGCACAGCGGUACGGACACACACGGACACACACACACGCUUGUUUGCACUCUGGAGUCUUGGUGAGGAGUUUUGAUUGCCUACUACCAGAAUUAGAAUGUAAACAUCAGGUUUUUCUGGGGUCUUGGGGGUGGGGGGACUGGUUGAUUUUGUGGGGAUUUUUCUGUUUGUUUGGUGGUGGUGUGAUUAUUUUUGAUUUAUAUAUUUUUUUUUUUAAUUUGGGUAACACUAAUGUGAGGAAGGUCCAGAUACUGUAAAACAUGGGUCUGUUACUCUAUGAAAUGUGGACUUUUAGAAAAAAAAAAUACACUUGCCAAAUGAAAGCUUUCAAAAAGUUUACAAGAUUCUAAAAAAUUGGAGUAAACAG